UUCUUCCUUUUUUUUUUUUUUUUUUUUUUUUUUUAACUACAAACUUAAGGAGUUUAGUUAGGUUGUUGUUGUUUAUUUUACCAUUUUUAGAUUCUAUAUAGCAUAAUCCUAUACAUUAUAGUGGCUACAAUUCUAGGGGGAGCAUUGUAAAAGUAACCUAUUAGUCGAUUAAUAAACAAAAAUCCCUUCAAGGAUAAAAUGGUAAUCUAGUUGAAUUUAAAAAAGCAGCAAGUAAGCCGUUACUUACACCACCAAAAUUCGACCGUUAGUCACAUUUAAAAACUCCAAACUUCAUAUUACCGUUGCAAAACCCGCUCCAUCUCUCUACACCCUUUUCUCUAUUCUUUAACUAAGAUCUCAACAAUUCUCCCCCAAAUUAAACCUCAAACAACCAUUCUCUCUUUCUCUGUUUCGCUCUCGAAUAUCGGAAUAGCGGAUCAAACAACAAAAUACCAGUAAUGGAUUCAAAACCCCAGCAUCCACUUGACCAAAUAGCACAAACCCCAACUCACAAACUCCUCCUAAAGCAGUGGCUGAAAGAGCAAGACCUAAUACUCGGUCGAAUCUCCCUAAAAGAGUCCCAAAUCGACGGUGUCCGUAAAGAGAUGACCAACCUCUACACCAUCUUCUUCCUCUUCCACUCACUCUCACUGCUUCUACUAUUCAACACUUCUUUUAGCAACAUUACCUCUGCUUGUAAGAAAUCGUGGGUGCCGUCUCUCUGCUCAUUGGUGUUCUCGAUGUCAGUGAUCUGGGCUGUCCGAUAUAAGACCGAUGUGGAGGGGCAUCUGGAGAAGCUUCUGGAGAGGGAGAAGGAGGACUGGAAAUUGCUUGGGAAAUGUGUUGAAAAGUUGAAGAGAAAAGGGAUUGAAUUUGAUUUGUUGAAGGAGGUUGAUGCGCUUCGAAGGGCCAAGAGUAUGAGGAUCGAAGCUAAAGCUGUGAGGAAAUGGUCUGCUAGAGAUUUCGUUUCGCUUUUCUUCUUCUUUCUUUCUUGUCUUGCUGUUGCUCUUACUAGGGUAAUCUUAUGUAAUUAGAAUCGAAAUCUGUUUUCUUUUAUUUUGAGGGGUUUUCAUUUUAUUUUUCCUUUAAUUGGUUUUGGGGAUAGAUAUGGAGUAACAGAUUAAGUGCAGAAUACUCUGUUCUGCUUUUUGUAAUUUGGUAAACCCAUAAUUUAUGGUUAUAACAAUAACAUCAUUCAUUACUCA